GGAGUUCAAGACCAGCCAGAGCAAGAGAUAACACCUUGAAAUAGAGCAAGAAGAAAUGGCCUGCCUUUGAAUUGUCAAUAGGAAUAAAGCCAUACUCUGCAAAAUAAUAUAAAGAGGUUUAUUUUGAGCCAAAUUUGAGGACCAUGACCUGAGCAACACCCAAGAAGCCCUGAGCAAGUGGACUCUCAGUGGUGGUGCUACAGUUUGAUUUUAUACAUUUCAUGGGGACAGGAAUUACAGGCAUUUACCCAGUGGAUAUUUUGGAAGAUGACCCUGAGGGGUAUCAGGAAGCAGCUCUGGCUUACUAUGCCUCACUUGGGAAAGGAGCUCGGACCUCCCCAGAGAUUUUCUCUCUUCCCACUGGGGAGCAGGUAAAACUUGAAGCUUCAUCUGUUUGCUUUUGCACUAUGUACCGUGAUGAACCUCAGCAUAAGAUACUGGUUUUGGUAAAUCCCCAGGACACAAAGACAGUUGUAGCUGUUUAUGUAAAGAAAUCCUGGUGGUUCACGGAAGAGGUACUGAGAACCUCUGAUCCUGCAAGAGAAGGGCUGCUGAAGGUUCAGUCAUUUGGGGAAAGGAUUGUGCUUUUCGUUCUGAAUGUCAUUAUUUUUGGAAGAUCGGAGAGAAGUUUGGAUGAUGAUGACAUGUUUUUCCUGCCUCACUCUGUGAAGGAGCAAGCUAAGAUUCUGUGGAGACACGGAGCAGCUGUUGGAUUUUAUACAACCAAAAUGAAAGGCAGCCUGUGUGGCGAUGGCACUGGUGUAUGCUACCUGCUGCCUGUCUUCGAUACCGUGUUUGUCAGGAGGAAACACCGUCGCCAAGGCCUGGGGAUGGCUAUGCUGCGGGACUUCUGUGAGACAUUCCCAGAGGAUGAGGCUCUAGGCAUCAGUUGCCCGAUUUCUCCGGCCAUGUACCGAGUCUGCAGGCAGUUCCUGGGAGCCUGGCCUGAGGAGCGAGGGCGCCUGUGGGAGGUGGAGCCCCCCGGGGCCUGGGGUCAGCGCCGCAACAUCUGGCUCAAGGUUCAGCUUCUGCAGGCGGGACUUCCAGACUCACACCCAGGAAAUUCCAAGGAGGAGGAGGUGGGCGUGAACGGUCAUGGACGGACUUCUCAGGGCGAUGGACCCAGACAGUCCACUAAUGGUGAAGGCAGCAAGGAGAGGACCUGUGGGGAAGAACUGGAAAGCACAAAUAAGGGUCAAGAUCUUGGAGUGGAAGAGGAAGAAGCUGGGCUGCCCAAGAGCGCCUCCCGGGCUGAGCUGCAGGUGCAGGAAGCCAAGAGGACAGCGGAGGAGGCGGGGCUGGACAGGGAUCCCUGGCGGAAGCUCCCCCGGCCCGGCUCCUGAGUCUUCCAGAAGCCUGUCUGGGCCUGGUGCAGAGGCCUAGUCUGAGAGCUUAUGUGGCCAGAGACUGGCCUCCUGUCCUUGCCAGGCCUUCCCUGUCAUCUUCAAUGGAGGAGACAGUGACCCUAUUGUCCCCACUUACCUCAGGCCUCUGGAGUGGGCUCAGUUCUAGAAUACCUGACAAUAAAUAUUCUUUGUUUAGCAUGAA